GGUUUCAUCAGUCCCAUUCCAAACUUUCCCUUUAAUCGAAGCUCCGUCGCGAAAUUUUCAUCCUCCGCCACUGCUAGUACCGUCGCCGCCGUUGCUGCCGAGGUUUUUUCCGCCGGCGUUUUUCACUCGCCUUUCUCCGGCGGUUUCGUCUUCUUUUUCCGAUAAAGAAGCCGGAAUCAUGGUGUACGUAUCUUGAGAUAUAUGGCUUCUAAAGGGUAUAAGUCUAAGCCGGACCAUGAAAUACGUGUUCGACGUCCAAAGGGUCUUGAAGCACCUAAAGAACCUCGACGACCUAAAACACACUGGGAUCAUGUUCUGGAAGAGAUGGUCUGGUUGUCAAAGGACUUUGAAUCAGAGAGAAAGUGGAAGUUGGCUCAGGCAAAGAAGGUUGCUAUACGAGCUAGCAAGGGAAUGCUUGAUCAGGCGACACGGGGAGAAAAGCGAGUUAAGGAAGAAGAGCAACGUUUGCGAAAAGUUGCACUCAAUAUCUCAAAGGACAUCAAAAAGUUCUGGUUAAAAAUAGAGAAGCUGGUUCUUUACAAGCAUCAAUUGGAGCUGGAUGAGAAGAAGAAGAAAGCACUUGACAAGCAGCUAGAGUUCCUUCUUGGACAAACAGAAAGGUACUCAACAAUGCUUGCAGAGAACCUUGUAAGUUCACCAACUACCAGCAAACGAAUCAAUUCUUUGUCUGCACCAGAAGCCUUGAGAACUCAAUGUAAAGAAGGGAGUGAAGGGGAUGUAAAGAAUCGUGUUGGAGAAAAUCUUCAAUCUCAUUCGACUGGUAGUGAUAUUGAUGACGAUUUUGAUGUGCAGUCUGAAGACGAAAUGGCAAUAACUUUAUGGGGGCGCCAGUCGUUUCAGACCUUUAAUUUCUUGAAGCAGUUGNAGCAUACCAUUGAAGAAGAUGAGGCUGUUAUAACUAAAGAAGAAAGGGAAGAAGAGUUAGCUGCUUUACAAAAUGAAAUGGAUCUACCUCUUGAGGAGCUUCUUAAGCAUUAUGCAGUUGGGGAAGCUAGCAGAGAUUGUAGCCCAGAGAAGAGUGGUACAGAUAUUACAGUCAGUUCUGGCGAGGACAGUGAUAAAUGUAGAGAUGAUGAUAUUGCUAUUGAAACCAACGGGGGCUGCUUGCCUGCAAUUUCUGGUCGUCGUUCUGUUGAAAGUAAUGGCGUCUUAUCAGUACCAAAUAACCAGUAUCCUGACCUAGGGCAAAACAAGCUAAAAAAUCCUCCGAAGAAGUAUCAAGAGUUAGAUAAAGUUAAUUUGUUAGGUGUCUUUAAUGAAGAACAGGAUGAUGAUGAUUAUGUCCUUGCUGUUGGUGAAGAUAAAGAAUAUAAUAUGGAUGAUGAAACAACUAUGUCAGAGGAGGAAGAAUUGGCAAAGGCAGAGCCAAAUGAUUCUGCAGAUGAGAUUGCACUGUUGCAGAAGGAGAGCGAACUUCCUUUAGAUGAGCUCCUUGCUAGGUAUAAAGAGGAUUAUGAUACUGAUGAAAAUGUGGGGGACGAUUCUGAAUCAUAUGCGUCUGCUUCAACAGCACAAAAUGAAUCUGAACUGAGUCAAGUAAAUGAUGGACCGAGCGAUGUACUGCCCACUACAGUCACUGAGACAGAAGAAAGGGAAGUUGAAAGCAUGGAUAAAACAGGGGAAGAAAGGCAGAGUGAGGAUUUUUCGGGAUCGCCAGCAAAAAAUGAAUCUGAACCCAAUCAAGUAAAUGAUGGACCGAGCGAUUUACUGCCCACUACAGUCACUGAGACAGAAGAAAGGGAAGUUGGAAGCAUGGCUAAAACAGGGGAAGAAAGGAAGAGUGAGGAUUUUUCAGAAUCGCCAGCAAAAAAUGAAUCUGAACCCAGUCAAGUAAAUGAUGGACCAAGCGAUGUACUGCCCACUACAGUCACUGAGAUAGAAGAAAAGGAAGUUGGAAGCAUGGAUAAAACAGGGGAAGAAAGGCAGAGUGAUGAUAUAAUUGCUGAUGCAGCAGCUGCUGCCAGAUCAGCACAACCAACGGGUAACACCUUCUCAACAACCAAAGUGCGGACUAAGUUUCCCUUCCUUCUAAAAUUUCCCCUUCGUGAGUAUCAACAUAUUGGUUUGGACUGGCUUGUAACCAUGUAUGAGAAGAAACUUAAUGGGAUCCUAGCAGAUGAAAUGGGUUUGGGGAAGACUAUCAUGACAAUUGCUCUUCUUGCUCACCUAGCAUGUGAAAAAGGAAUAUGGGGUCCUCAUCUUAUUGUUGUCCCAACUAGUGUCAUGCUAAACUGGGAGACUGAGUUUCUUAGAUGGUGUCCUGCUUUCAAAAUUUUGACAUAUUUUGGCAGUGCAAAAGAGCGAAAGAUUAAAAGGCAAGGUUGGUUGAAGCCAAACUCGUUUCAUAUGUGUAUCACAACUUACAGACUUGUUAUACAGGACUCCAAAGUUUUCAAGCGUAAGAAGUGGAAGUACUUGAUUUUAGAUGAAGCUCAUCUAAUAAAGAAUUGGAAAUCGCAAAGAUGGCAAACACUUCUCAAUUUUAACUCAAAACGGCGUAUUCUUUUGACUGGUACACCAUUGCAGAAUGAUCUCAUGGAGCUGUGGUCUCUAAUGCAUUUCUUGAUGCCACAUAUUUUUCAAUCUCACCAGGAAUUCAAAGAUUGGUUCUGUAAUCCUAUAUCUGGAAUGGUUGAGGGACAAGAAAAGGUUAAUAAGGAAGUUGUUGAUCGCUUGCAUAAUGUCCUUCGUCCCUUUAUUCUCCGCCGGUUGAAGAGGGAUGUGGAGAAGCAGCUUCCUUCAAAACAUGAGCACGUCAUUUAUUGUAAGCUAUCAAGGAGGCAGCGUAACUUGUAUGAAGACUUUAUUGCCAGUUCGGAGACACAAGCUACUCUUGCUAGUACAAAUUUUUUUGGCAUGAUAAGUGUUAUAAUGCAACUUCGCAAAGUGUGCAAUCACCCUGAUUUAUUUGAAGGGCGUCCAAUAGUGAGCUCCUUUGAUAUGAGUGGUAUUGAUAUGCACUUGAGCUCUUCCAUUUGCUCGAUGCUGUCUCAUGGUGUCUUUUCAACUGUCAACCUUGGGGCUUUGGGGUUGUUGUUUACACAUCUUGAUUUUUCAAUGACCUCUUGGGAGAGUCAUGAUGUUCAAUCCAUUGCGACCCCUUCAAGCUUGAUUGAGGGUCGUGUGUCUCAAAUUUAUGGUGAAGAAACUUCACUAGUACUUAGACGGAAUAAGAAGUUUCAUGGGACAAACAUAUUUGAAGAGAUCCAAAAGGCACUUGCUGAGGAGAGGCUAAGAGAAGCAAAGGAGAGAGCGGCAUCUAUUGCAUGGUGGAAUUCCAUCAAGUGUAAGCGGAAACCUGUAUAUUCAACAAGUCUUCGGGAGAUUGUCACUGUGAAACAUCCUGUUCACGGUAUUUACUGUCAGAAAAGUAAUCCCUUGUCAUACCUGUACUCCUCUAGGCUUGCAGAAUUGAUACUGUCGCCAGUUGAGAGAUUCCAAAAAAUGGUUGAUCAGGUUGAAACUUUCAUGUUUGCAAUCCCUGCUGCACGUUCCCCAGCACCUGCUUGCUGGUGCAGUAAACCAGGUACUUCCGUAUUUUUCAGUCCAACCUUUAAGGAGAGAUCUUCUAAGGUUCUCUCUCCGCUUCUCACUCCUUUUCGCCCAGCCAUUGUUAGAAGGCAAGUCUACUUUCCAGAUAGGCGGCUCAUACAAUUUGACUGUGGAAAGCUGCAGGAGCUUGCAGGUUUGUUGAGACGACUAAAAUCAGAAGGUCACCGUGCACUAAUUUUCACCCAAAUGACAAAGAUGCUUGAUGUUUUAGAAGCUUUCAUUAAUUUGUAUGGUUACACUUACAUGCGUCUGGAUGGUUCUACUCUGCCCGAACAGAGACAAACUUUGAUGCAACGGUUCAACACAAAUCCAAAGAUUUUCCUUUUUAUUUUAUCAACCCGUAGUGGUGGAGUUGGCAUCAACUUGGUGGGGGCAGACACAGUCAUCUUUUAUGAUAGCGACUGGAAUCCAGCUAUGGAUCAACAAGCUCAAGAUCGCUGUCAUAGAAUAGGCCAGACCCGUGAAGUACAUAUUUAUCGAUUGAUAAGUGAGAGUACCAUUGAAGAGAAUAUUUUGAAAAAAGCAAACCAGAAGCGAGCUCUGGAUGAUUUGGUUAUACAGGGUGGAAGUUACAACACUGAAUUCUUCAAGAAACUGGAUCCAAUGGAAUUGUUCUCGGGCCACAGAGCACUUUCCUUAAAGAACAUUGAAGGACAGAAGAAUAGCAAUGAUACUGAGGUUCAGCUCUCUAAUGCUGAUGUGGAGGCUGCUCUGCAAAAUGUAGAAGAUGAAGCGGAUUACAUGGCUCUGAAGAAAGUUGAACAGGAAGAGGCAGUAGACAAUCAGGAGUUCACUGAAGAAGCAAUUGGUAGGUUGGAAGAUGAUGAACUUGGUAAUGAUGAUGAGAUGAAGGCUGAUGAGCCUGCUGAUCAUGAAGUCCCGGUUACAACAUCAAGCAAAGAACUUGUGGUUAUGUCAAAUGCUAGUAAUUUAUUAAAAGAACAAGCAAUUACUUUUGCUGGUAAAGACGAUGACAUUGACAUGUUGGCCGAUGUCAAACAGAUGGCAGCAGCUGCUGCUGCUGCAGGACAAGCUAUCUUGUCUUUUGAGAGUCAGUUAUGUCCAAUUGAUUGGUAUGCUGUACGUUUUCUGGAGUUAUGGGACCCUAUCAUAGACAAGACAGCUAUUGAGUCACAAGGUCAUUUUGAAGAAACUGAAUGGGAAUUGGAUAGAAUUGAGAAAUUGAAGGAAGAUAUGGAAGCAGAGAUUGAUGAUGAUGAAGAACCUUUAGUUUACGAAAGAUGGGAUGCUGAUUUUGCAACUGAGGUAUACAGACAGCAGGUUGAGGCUUUGGCUCAACAUCAGUUGAUGGAGGAACUGGAAGCUGAAGCUAAAGAGAAGGAGCUUGCAGAAUAUGAGAACUUGAUGGGGUGGUCUGCUAGCAACUCAGAGUGUUACGAAUGGGUUGAGAGAAGUCGCACGAUGAUGAGGAGAUCGACCAUGAGCAAAAAGAUCGUGGAAUGGAUUUGCUUCUCACUUCAAGAGGCCUCAAAGGACCAAAAUAGAGUGGUCACGAGAUGGAAAAUUUCAGAGCAGGACUCGGAGCACUUUUGCACCAGGAAAUUUAACGAGCAUGGGAGAUACAUGAGUAUUCUGUCAUUAAAUGGUGGAGGGAGAUCAGUACUUAUUAUUCCUGAACCAGUCUUUAAUGCAGGUUGGAAUGAGGUAGCAUUUAAGAUCAACAACUUCAUUAAAUACUCAAAAAAGUAGCAGUAGUUGCUCCCCCAAGAUUAACUGAGGCCAACUAUCCUUAUAAGAAGGCUGUACAAGAUAGUAAAUGGCAGACUAGGAGUCUUCGAGAAGCAGAAGUGACUUGCAACAGUGGAAAUAUUGACAUCUCUGAAUCUGCUAAUGAACAAGAGAAUGGGCCUUUGAAGAGAUGUUUAGUGGGGAGUUUUGGAGAAGAGGUGAAGGAAAAACCCACACUUGCUGACAUAAGAAGGUGGUCAACUUCAACUUGGAAAAAUGUUUUUGGGGUGAACAUCUAUGAGAUGUACGGGGAUUUGUUCUUAUUCGAAUUCCCUAAUAGAUACAUGGCUGAGAGUACCAUUCUAGGGCAAUGGUUCUGGAAAAAGCUCAGGUUGCAAUUAGAAUGGUGGAACCCCAUGGCAGGGUAUAUUUCAAAUGCUAUUGAAAUCAAAGAAACCUGGAUUAAAGUAGUAGGAAUUCCACUUCAUCUCUGGUCGCAGAGAAGUUUUCAAGAAAUAGGCGAAUUCUGUGGAGGAUGGGUGGCUACUGAAGAAGAAACAGAGCUAAAAAAUCAUCUGAAGUGGGCCAAAAUUUUGGUAAGGAACAAUGGGAGGAAUCUACCAAGAGAGGUAUCCAUAACUUGUAAAGGAAUCACUCAUCACAUUCCAAUCUGGCCGGAAAGCAAGACAAGAUAUGAAGUCUCACUGGAAUUAGCAGAGGGAGGCAUUAGAGAAGAAGAUACAGUGCAAGAACCAGGUAUUGCCUUUACCCAGAGGGAAAAUAAGGUUACCAACUGUGCUAUAGUACAAAAAUACCCUUCUUACAUGGAUUUCGAAGACAGAAAACAUGUGGGUGGUACUUCUUUGACAGCUGGAAGAUAUGUGAAAAAAAAUGCAUGUGAGAAGCAGGUGGCAGGGUUUAAUGAAGCAACUAAAAUGGGCCAGCAAGCUAAGCCCAAUAAGGAGGCUGCUUUUAAUAAUUCUUUUGGGCCAGACUUUGCAGGCCAAGUCAUUUUUAAUGACUUAAAAAGUCCCACUUCACAAGAUUUACCCAACAAUCAUAGCUAUAGAAAAUUGGGAAGUGGAAGAGGCUGAACCUCUUCUCAUUCAGCAACAACAAGUCAUUCAAGUCACAGCAAGGGAGACAUCACUAUGGGUCCAAAAGAAUUUGAUCAAGCCGGGCAAAUUACUUGGGAUAGAUUUCCAUGGGCAUGAAGAGGAGGCCUUGGAAUUGUUGUUACAAGUAGAUAGUUGCAGACAUGCUAGAAAGAUGAAGUCUGACAGUGUAUGUAAGAAGACAAGAUUCAAAGGGGAACAAGAAUUAAAAGGUCUAGUUAAUUUCGAUGUUAAAUUCAAGAGCGAGGGGGAAAGGAGUAGGGGGAGGAAGAUGCUUACCUUGGAUCCAUGCAGUUCAAAAUAGUUUCAUGGAAUGUAAGGGGAUUGAAUGACAGGGAUAAAAGGAGAAUUGUGUAGAGUUUGGUAGUUGACUGGAAGGCAGACAUCAUAUGCUUCCAAGAGACUAAACUAGAGGGGGACAUUAGAGAGAUUGAGUGUGGGGAGGAAGAUGGAUCAGAUUUGCUCACUUGGAGGCUAGUGGCACUAGAGGGGGUAUCAUGAUGAUGUGGGAUUGUAGAAGCUGGGAGGGGGAAGUUCUGGAAACGGGUUGCUACACUUUGACUUGCAAGUUUGUGGCACAUUUUCAGAAUUUUUCAUGUCAUAUAACUGGGGUAUUUGCUCCAAAUAACUACAUUGAGAGAAGGAUAGUGUGGGAUGAGAUAAGUGCAGUAAGGGGAUUGAUGGAAGGGCCUUGGGCUGUGUGUGGAGACUUUAAUGUCACCAGAUUCAUUUCA